CAAACAGUUCAUUAGAAACAACACAAAGAAAAGAUGCCGUUGCCAGCUGUUCAACCACUUGCUUUCGUAUUCUUCUUCUUCCUCUGUUCGGUUAGUUAGGGUUUUCACAAUUUCACUCUCUUCUCCGCUUCGCACAAUGCGCCUUUACAAUCAAACUAUACAACAAUGCAAUUCCUCUAAAAAUUGAAGACGUAAAAAGCAAUUUCUGUCACUCCAGAACUCGCACGUGCCGUUACUGUCACGUGUGCGGUACGAGAGUUUUUAGGGUGAUGCUCUUGCUGGAGGUGGAAUUUAGUUUCUAUUAGACGUGUAGGUUGAAGGUGGAAGCUAUUGAGUGUUGAAUUAUUUGGCUUGAGGAGUUGGAACUUGUUUUUGGAAGUGUCCCUCUUCUGUUAUCGAUUAAGUAGUUGAUCAGUGACUGAAAUAGUUGGAUUGGAGGCGUUCAGAAUUGGGUUUAUUGUGAUAUUCUGAGAAAAUAGCUAAAACGGGGUCUCUUUGUUGUGUGGCUUCAAGGCCACAUGGAUCAAAUGCAGGCAGUAGGGACUGGUCUAUGGGUCCAAAUGAACCCUUCUGGCGAACGAAUUCAAGUUUUUCGCCACCUCCAACGAGGUGGGAUUUCAGAUUCCAGUCUGAAGGGAUGCAGUAUAGUGUGAAUGACAGCUUUCAACUCUACGGGUCUUCUACAUCAUCAAAUGAUAAAGAGAGUGGGAGCUGGGUCAGAGGCAACCACCUAUAUGAUCUUCACUAUUCUGCUUCAGAUGGUACUGGUAUUCUCCUUAGCAGUCCAUCUGACCUUUCUCAGGGUCCUCAGUGGACUCCUCCUGCAAUACAAGAAAUCAGUAUUGACAAUUAUGGAAAUUCAGCUCGGAAAGAUCCUCAUCCUUCUGCGGGCAGGGUAUCUUUUACUCCCAGUAAGGAGGGAACAUCUGUAAAUCCCAACAGUGGGGGCUCAACAUCAUCUCUGUCGGAAAGUAGUGAAUCUGAGUCUGCUUCAAAAUCACAUUUAUCCUGUCAGAGGAAUUUCUCUAAUCUUCGUUCUUUCAUCUCUAAACCCAUUCAUCCUAUGUCUUUUAAUUACCUAACAACUACCAGAGAUGCCUUUGAUCCUGCAGUUACAGAUUUUACAGAGUUUGAUACUGCUACUCCACUCCGAGAUGGCCAGCGUUGGAGUAGCGCCAGCAGCAGUCAGGAGUUUGCUGACGUUACUGAGUCAUUUGAAUUAGAAAUGCCUGGUCAACCACAUUUUCCUUCCAAUGGAUUUAGGUGUGGCUUGUGUGAAAGAUUUCUCUCGCAGAGAUCUCCUUGGAGUUCCCGUCGCAUUGUGAGAAGUGGAGACAUGCCUACGAUUGGGGUUCUUCCUUGUUGUCAUGCAUUUCAUGCUGAAUGCUUGGAGCAAACAACACCAAAGACACGGAAAAGCGAUCCUCCUUGUCCUGUUUGUGUAAAAUUGGAGGAGGAAAAUUCCCCUGAUAACCGGGGCUUUUUGAGAUUGACUAAUGGUUUUCCUAGGCUUAAAUCAUCUCGUGGCGAUGGACCUUCCAGACCUUGGGGCUGUGUACAGGUGGGUGAUUGUGUUGAAGGUGCUCUGCAUGCACCUCCACGCAAUGUUAUGCUCAUGCUUAAUCGAAAUCGUGUUAAGAAGAACCUGUCCCUGAAAGGUAGUUUAAGCAAGGAAUUUCCAGGUAAGGUGAGGAAGAAUGGAACAUUUUCUUCACAGCUAUUUAGUGGAAGUACAGCUGAUGGAAAGGAAGUUGGUUGCUCCAAGGCAACUGCAGGUUCAAGUGUGUGGAGGUAGCAAAUGUUGGUAAGUUGUAACUUACACCUACAUAUUUGCAGAAGCUGACCGAUCCCUAACCUCUUCCACAUUUUGUAUAGAUUCAUUUGUUGUAUGUGUUUUGGAAUUCACACCUGAACCUUGAUCUUAUUUUCCCUCAUUUUAUGUAUUUAGUUUGUUUUAUCUUUA